UCAUUCUCCUUGUCUUUCACACAAACGGCGCUCGGAGAUUGCAGGGUUCUUGUGUUUUUAAAUAUUUCCUACCAUCUCUCGCGAUUGAUUUGACCUGACUUCCUCAACCGACCAACGGUCCAACAAUCAAAAAUACCCUCUUCGCUGGCCCACAGGUUAACCAAAUUCUCAAAUUUCCAUACCCGACCAACAACAAUUGUUUGCAGGCAAUAGGCCCCUAUUGGAGGAUUCCAUUCUUGUAUCUGUUCAGGCUCUGGCUCUCUUAGCCUCUGCUCUUUUGCCCUUUAUCUUGAGCUGGAUGUUUGGUCAGCCCUGUGUGUCUUUCUCUUCUUGCCUUUCUACUACUGGAUGUACGCUUGACCCUGACCGACAGUACUCUGUUUACCUUCUGAGCGAUCGAUCAAAAAAGUGUUACUGUUACUGUUAAUCGUUAAUCGCCAAAGGCUCUUCAUUAGUAAUUAAUACAUCUAUGAGGUGCUGCCACACGUAUCUGUAUUCUAAUUAUAUAAUUAUUCAAUGCUAAUCUUUGUCAUAAUUUAUUCGUCUUAGUUAUGGAUUAGUUAACUCGCUGCUUGUUUACGUUGAUGUCAUCGUGGGUUGACCUAACAACUAGCGUAUAAAACACGAAAUCUGGCCAGAAGGCUGGAAACAUCAGCAAUAGUCAACUAAUACAAUAUCCAACGCCAGACAGGCACUGCCAAUUCGUCUUGUGAGCCCUAUCAGAUAGUCUUGGUGACCCUGUGUUUUUUCUGGAAUAUGCAUUUGCAGGAGAAAUAUAGAAUCUGAAGCUCCCGGGCGCUCUACUUCAGCAGUUCUGCCGCCUACGCCUAUCCCACAACAUACGACUUAAAGCCCACAGGCUGAGGUUCCAACGACUCAGUAAUAAUGUCAGCCAUAAGUUCAUGGCCCAUACGGCCAUUGGCUCUGUGUUUAGUGGGCCUUGCGCUUCUUCCAAAUGUAUCGCAGGCCAGUCCGUCUGUUAACGUUGCCUUGAGCGCUUCAUUCAAUUCAGCUCCUUACCUCGUGGAACUCCUGUAAGCCACCUAACUACCAUUAGCCAUUUCCUUACUGACAUGUGAAUACCAGAGAAACAGCGGCUGAAGAGAAUUCGACAUCCUAUUUUCCCCUCCUCGAUCGCAUUGCCGAUGGUAGAUUUGUGGAUGCCACCACCGAGAAAGACCUCUACGAACAAUUCAUUCAGGUGCUUAGCGAAGAUGGCCAUAUCACGGAUCCCGUUACCCUGUCAUCAUUUAAAUUUGCAUUGUCAAUUCGAUCCACUGCGCCGAGAAUCCAGGCUCAUUACCAAUAUUAUAACUCCUCCGUUAAGAAUUCGUUGAUGGCAGCGCAGGAUGCUGUGUGUCAGGUUUGGGCGCAUUAUGACGGAUCUCAGUAUUGUUCACCUACUUUAGAGCAUGCACAGCAGCCUUUAAUUGCUGGAAGGGACGAGUGCGUGAGUCGUUGAUUUGUUUGAAAAGCGAGCGAGAAGAAUAGUGGGAUGGUUUGAAACCCUGCUGACUGCUGUUCCUUCUAGGUCACUUGAGAAACUGCUUCCUUUCGAUCGUGUGUUGGCUGUUCCAAAAGCCGAAGAUGAGGAAAACCGGCAAUCGCUAGUUUUAUAUGCGGAUAUAACCUCGCCUUUAUUCAGCGAGUUCCACAAGGCAGUCAGCAAAAGAGCCAGAGAUGGUGAGAUGUCUUACAGAGUCCGUUACCGGCCAUCGACGGCAGCUUCUAGACCAGCAAAGCCUCUUUUCGUUAGUGGUUAUGGAGUAGAACUUUAUCUCAAACGUACCGAUUAUAUCAUGAUUGAUGAUCGCGCUUCAGGAAAAGGCGACUCUAAGGAGGCUCUCCUUGACUCAAAGCCAACAUUGACAGUUGACAGACUCUCUGACAGCCCUACUGCUGACCUUGAACCUCUUUCUUCAUCUGAAGUGUCAACCCUUGGAUUGAAUGCUGCGAGCUUUGUCAUGGACAGUGAUGACCCAUUCGAUACCCUAAUCAAAUUAUCUGAUGAUUUCCCUAGGCAUUCAAAGACAAUUGCUGGCGUUAAUGCAACCUCAGAAUUCCUCGCUGAAUAUGAGGAAAAUAGGAAAAAUGGAUUGCAGCCAGGUAUAAACACCAUGUGGAUCAACGGUGUUCAAAUGUCUCCUCAAAACAUCGAUGCUUUUUCCCUUCUAGCCCAUCUAAGGCAGGAGCGGAAACUAAUGAACUCGCUUAAUGAACUUGGGUUGCAAGUACAAGAAGCCAUCAAGCUUUUGUCUAAUCCAGCCAUCGCAAUGGCCCAGAAAGUACACACAAGCCAGAGGUACGACUAUCGAGAUGAUAUUGAGGGAGGGGGAGUUAUCAUCUGGCUCAAUGAUCUGGAAAAGGAUUCUCGAUAUGAAGAUUGGUCAGACGAUAUCAUCACACUUCUGCAACCAACGUAUCCUGGCCAAUUCCAUGAACUCCGUCGUGAUGUCCACAACGUCAUUGUUCCCUUGGACCUGGCAAAUAAGGAGGACAUCACUCUCUUUGUCGAGGAGAUACAAGCUUUUGUUCUGAACAAUGUCCCUAUUAGAUUCGGAUUGGUUCCAACCCAGCUUAGUGAGCUCUCUAAGGAGCAGGCAAAGAUUGCUUAUUAUUUGAAUAAAACUUACGGACUGGAGUCUGUGUUUAGUUAUUUCACUGGGGUUUGUCUUUGUCAAGCUAUGUUAUCCCCACAUAUGCAGAGGUGCUAACUUACUUACCUUAGAUAUACUCAUCUCAGAAGCUCAAUUUGCCCAGCAAAGUUGAUUUUGAAACAGCUAUCAAAGACAGGGAGCCGAAAGAUGAUCAGUCAGUAAUCUUGUUUGAAGAAGUGCUGAAAUCUACUGAACUCGAUGCCUUGAUACAAAAGUCUAGAGGCUAUCUCAAGAGAUUAGCUCUCGACGGAGAGAAUCCUCCUGUAUAUGCCAACGCUAUCCCCAUUGAGCGUGACGAGCGAUGGAUGCACUUCCUAAUCGACAGGUUGUUUAAAGAUGUGCAAGGCUUGCAGCGACGUAUCUAUGAAGGGGAGUACAAGGAAGAUGUUUGGCUUCCCAGCUUUUACCUGGAAGAAGCAUCUCCCAAAUUCAACGCAUUUAUUAUCCCCGACGACCCCAGUGACAUAACCCUGAAAAGCAUAAACGAUGCUUAUUCGAAAUAUAAGGAAGCUUUUGAGACCAUCCCACGAAUACCAGGGGAGCGUGGUUCUGGCAUAGAGGAAUGGGCCCAACUGGCACUUGUUAUCGAUCUAGAUGAUGAACAUGGUGCAAAGCAAUUAGCUAAUGUUGUUGCUUUCCAUAAAGCAAACCCAGGGGUGGAGGUUUUGAUACUGCACAAGCCUUCUAUGCCAGAAAAUGGGCAAGGCUUGUCCACUGAACUGCAUAAACUCCUUGAUGACGGACGUGAUCUGGAAAUAGAUGCUCUCGACGCUUUACUUGACAAGGAAACGAAGAGCGAGAGGACUUCAACCGAUGCACAGAGGUUUUACUCAACUAUCCAGCCAGUGAUAACUGAGCUAGGAGCGGACGGGAAUGGCAUGCAUAUAAUUUUGAAUGGAAGAUUGAUUGGGCCCCUCAACCAAACAACAGUCUUGGACACUCAGGAUCUAGAAUUGGUACUGCAGUAUGAACGUUCCAAGCGUCUUACUCCUGUGGUAUCGGCCCUCGAGUCACUAGAAGAAACCGAUAAAAUCCGUGAUCACCUUGCCUUUGCAAGACUCACAUCCAUGGUAGCACUCUCGACAAUUUCGGAUAUCCCAGAAGGAACUUUCCAAAGGCCCCCGAUGAUCCGCACUGAAAUUUUCAAUAGCUGGGUUACCAAGCAUUCAGCAAUUACCGUAUCAAAGUCCGAAGCUCCUUUGAUCAAAAUUGUUGCGACAUUAGACCCCGCAACAGAAGUUGCUCAGCGGUGGAUUCCCAUCUUGAAAGUUUUGUCCCAGCUCCACGGCGUCUCUCUACAGAUAUUCUUGACUCCUCUUGAGGCCAUUAAGGAACUACCAGUGAAAAGGUUUUACAGGCAUGUCCUUGAACCUGCACCAUCGUUCUACGACGAUGGCUCACUGAAUCGACCUGGUGCUUCUUUCCAUGGGGUUCCCCAGGAAGCAUUAUUGAACCUCGGCAUGGAUGUUCCCCCGUCAUGGCUUGUGGCUCCUAAAGACUCAGUCCACGAUCUAGAUAAUAUCAAGUUGAGCUCUCUAAAAGAAGGCACCAAUGUUGAUGCCAUUUACGAGCUUGAACAUAUCUUGAUUGAGGGCCAUUCCCGCGAUAUAUCCAGGAACAAGCCUCCGAGGGGUGUCCAACUACUUCUGGGAACCGAAAGGGACCCUCAUUUUACUGAUACCAUUAUCAUGGCAAAUCUCGGUUAUUUCCAGUUUAAGGCACAACCAGGGCACUGGCAGAUAACAUUGAAACCAGGCAGGAGCGAUAACAUUUUCAAUCUCGAUAGCGUUGGUGGCAUGGGUUACAGCCCUAAGCCUGGUGACGAUAACAACGAAGUCUCGUUACUGUCAUUCCAAGGAAAGACCCUUUUUCCUCGUUUGUCUCGCAAACCUGGCCACGAAUCGGAUGACGUCCUCGAGGAUGGAUCUAAGAAACAAGGUUCAGCAAAAAAUCUUCUCUCUCAGGGGCUUGAUUUCGCAUCUGGUGUUUUUUCUGGUGUAUCAAAGACACGAAAGGAGAAACAUGCGGACAUUAACAUUUUCUCAGUUGCCAGUGGCCAUUUGUAUGAGCGAAUGCUGAACAUCAUGAUGCUAUCUGUGACGAAGCAUACGAAACAUUCUGUCAAAUUCUGGUUCAUUGAGCAAUUCCUUUCACCUUCAUUCAAGACAUUUGUCCCUCACUUGGCUGAAAAGUACGGAUUUUCUUAUGAGAUGGUUACAUAUAAAUGGCCACAUUGGCUUCGCCCACAGCGUGAAAAACAGAGAGAGAUUUGGGGUUACAAAAUCCUCUUUCUUGAUGUGCUUUUCCCCUUGUCAUUAGAUAAGGUUAUUUUCGUGGAUGCAGACCAAAUUGUUCGGACUGACAUGUACGAUCUCGUUUCUCUCGAUCUGGAGGGAGCUCCAUAUGGCUUCACGCCAAUGUGUGACUCCCGCACUGAGAUCGAAGGCUUCCGGUUCUGGAACCAAGGAUACUGGAAACGUUUCUUGCGCGGUCGACCGUACCACAUUUCUGCGCUAUAUGUUGUUGACCUAAACCGCUUCCGUGCCAUCGCCGCUGGUGAUAGGCUUAGAGGACAAUACCAAUCUCUAUCUGCUGAUCCAGAGAGUCUAUCUAACCUUGACCAGGACCUACCAAACCACAUGCAGCAUUCCAUUCCUAUCAAGAGUCUUCCCCAGGACUGGCUUUGGUGCGAGACAUGGUGUUCUGACGAGUCUCUCAAGACCGCCAAAACGAUUGACCUCUGCAAUAACCCGAUGACCAAGGAACCAAAGCUCGACAGGGCAAGAAGACAAGUGCCUGAAUGGACUGUUUAUGAUGAAGAGAUUGCACAGCUGGCACGAACAGUCGGCGCGAAAGACACUGAGUCGGAUCAUACCCAGAAAGAAGCCGAAAAGACAGAACCAGAGGAUAUGAACAAGGACGAGCUGUGAAAUGCGAAUCCUCAUUAAAAUUUACUAUACACAGAUUUCUAGAUUUACCAGCCGAUGUUUAGAUACUAAUUAUCUAUUCUAUAUCUUUUUUGUCUCCACUUCUAAGGGCGGCGAGCUC